AUGGAAUAUGAGGAGGUGAAUUGGCAGGAGCAGAGUGUGUCUAUUCCGUGGCCUAGAGUGCGUUGGUCUCCACCACCUGCAGAUUGGUACAAAGAAAAUUUUGAUGCGGCUUUUUCCAAAGAAUCGGGGUCAGCUGCGAUUGGUGUUGUGUUUAGAGAUCAGGCUAGGCAAGUCAUUGCUGCUCUAUGCCAGAAUUUGGGCCAGGUUCAAUCGGUGGAUAUGGCUGAAGUUUUGGCAGCUCGGAGGGCAAUGAUUUUUGCAAGGGAGCUGAGUUUGUUUAAUAUUAUAGUUGAAGGUGAUUGUCUCCAUGUUAUUCAGGCUUUGCAGCGUCCAGAUCCUUGUAAUCUGUUGUUUGGGCAUAUCAUUGAUGAGACUAAGAGGAUGGGCCAGUUGCUGAGAGGUUGUAGGUUUAAGCAUGUUAGGCGGGAAGGGAAUAGCUUAGCGCAUAGUCUAGCUAAAAAAGCAGUUUUAACUGCAGACACGGAGGUUUGGGUAGAAGCUCUACCUGAGGAGGUGGCUGAUGUCUUUCAGUCUGAUUGCUCCUGA